AGGUCCCGGAUGAAGAAGCCAUCUUUAGUGGCAACAACGAGGAGGAGGACAUCGUCGCUUUUUUACCUCUUCUUCGGCUUUCUCUGUUUCUUCUUUAUUUUCUCUGGACAUUAAGUGUCGACUGUUAAAACAAAUAGCACAACAGUCUUCGUCUCUAUUAGGUUUUUUUUUUAAAAAAAAGCUAAUUCAGCUCCAGUCACAAUGACGGAACAACAGUUGGACUGCGCAUUAGAUUUGAUGCGUAGACUGCCGCCACAACAAAUAGAGGAAAAUUUAAGUGCACUUAUAGAUAUUGCACCAGCUCUAUGUGAAGAUUUACUUUCUUCUGUUGAUCAACCAUUAAAAGUAGCUAGCGACAAGCUUACAGGACGUGAUUAUCUUCUAUGUGACUACAAUAGAGAUGGCGAUUCUUACAGGUCACCUUGGAGCAAUAUGUAUGACCCACCAUUGGAUGAUGGUACUUUACCAUCAGAUCGAUUGAGAAAGCUAGAAAUAAAAGCCAAUGCUGCUUUUGAUCAAUAUAGAGAAAUGUAUUUUGAGGGUGGUGUUUCUUCCGUCUAUCUCUGGGAUUUGGAUCAUGGCUUUGCUGGUGUUGUUUUGAUCAAGAAGGCUGGUGAUGGCUCAAAGAAGAUCAAAGGUUGCUGGGAUUCAAUACAUGUGAUGGAAGUUCAGGAAAAAUCAAGUGGGAAGACAGCACAUUAUAAGUUAACUUCUACAGUGAUGUUGUGGUUGUUGACUACAAAGGAAAGUUCUGGAACAAUGAACUUAGGUGGCAGCCUUACAAGACAGAUAGAGUUGGAUACUUCCGUUAGUGAAUCUUCCCCACACAUUGUCAAUAUAGGCAAAAUGAUUGAGGAUAUGGAGAACAAAAUUAGAAACACUCUUAAUGAAAUUUAUUUUGGGAAAACGAAGGAUAUUGUGAAUGGUCUUCGCUCUAUUCAGACCUUGCAAGAUCGCAAGCAGGCAGAGGCACUACGCAACGACUUAGUGAUGGCUCUACAAAAACGUCCACAAGCGCAAUGAUGUUGCAAGGGAGACAACUAACAUAAUUCCGGCUUUCAUUCGAACUCUGCAGAAGCUACCAUAUGGCCGGGUGGGAUUAUUACAUAACACCUAUAAUGAUAUAAUAUUAAUGAUAUUAUCAUUGUCUUCAUUAUCUUCUCUUACUGUUCCUCUUUUCCUCCUUUUUUUUUUUAAUUAUAUAUAUAUAUAUAAAAAGAAAGUUGAUUGAUGUAAUUAUACACACAUAAAUACACACACACCUACACUUUUCUUUUGAAUUUUUUAUUUUUUAAAUUUAAAUCUUUAUUUCACUUUUUAUUAGAAUUAAUGUUUAUCUCUGAAGAUCAGUGCAUCUUUCUCUUCUAUAAGCCUCUUCAUUCAUUCCUAUGAUUCUCUCUCUUUCUCUCUUCAAUAAGAGUGCACUAGGCUUAAAACACUUAAAGAUAACAUGAAACUAAUUCCAGUUUCCCCGGCCACUCUGAUUUGCCUGUGGCAGAAUAUGAGUGAAAGGUUGCAAUAACUAUGUAUAUUUGGUGACAAAAACUUCCAGCCAGACUCCUCCUAGCUUGAUUAAAAUGGACAGUGGUGAAUGACCCAUCUUCAAUAUUUUGGUCUCACCAUAAGUCUGGGCAAGGCAACAGCUCUUGUUAGUUUAAUGUGGGCAGUGCUCAUUCGUGCUGCCAGCAAAUUUAUUUUAAAUUUUUCUUGCUGAUAUUUUUCUUGAAAAAAUUGGAUGAUGGUAAUAAUAAUAACAAUAAUGAUGAUAAUAAUAAUAAAAGACAUCAGAAAAUAACGAGUGAAUAAUUGAAAAUUUAACGAAUUUUGAAAUAUAUGAAAAAGAGCGAAAUGAAUAAAAGAUUGGAUUCCACUAAUUAAAUGUCUACCACUGACUGAUUUCUGAUUCUAGAACUGCUUUUUUUAAUGUAUCAAGUAUGGCCUUUUGGCUAUUGUCCCUUUUUUUUUUUUUUUUAACUCUUCUAAUUGUCACUAGUUUUUCCUGGUGUACAAUUGCCAGCUUCAUACAAUGAAUGCUCUCAUAAUACAAGCAUCAUAUCUA